AUGACGCCCCUCCGAUCUCCCUUGCUCUCCAGCCCAGUCCGCAAACGCACAAUCCUCCUCUCCCUCUCCAUCCCCCCACUAGCCUACUACCUCACCAGACCCAUUUCCACAACCACCCCUAUGUCAGCCGAUCCCCCAACCUUCCCUUCCCGCCCCUACAAAACCCCACACACCACAUUCCCUUACACAGCCACCGACUUCCACCGCCAAGAUCCCUCCACCGACACAUCCUUCUACCGCUCCGCGCGCUUCGUCACCCACAUCGACGACCACGCCAUUGGUUUGCUAAGGCAGUAUUACGCGCAGAAUCUGCCGCGGGAGGGGACGGUGCUGGAUUUGUGUUCGAGCUGGGUCAGCCAUUUCCCUGCUGAGUUGGAGGAGAGGGCUAGGGUAGCCGUCGAAGGGAAGGAGGGGAAGGAUCGAGAGGAUCGAGGGCUGCGUGUCGUAGGCGUGGGGAUGAAUAAGGCUGAAUUGGACGCGAACCCGAUUUUGUGUGAUAGGGUGGUGCAGGAUCUUAACGCCAACCCUGGCCUUGUUGGGAUAGGUGUGGGUGAUGGUGGCGGUGGCAAUGGCGAGCAGGGGAAACUGGAUGCGACAGUUUGUGUAGUCAGUAUCGACUACCUGACCCGUCCACUUGAGGUUCUGGACAGUGUGAGGGCGAUGACGAGGGAAGGGGGAAUGGUGCAUUUGGUCGUUAGUAAUCGGUGUUUUCCGACUAAGGCGGUGAGUAGGUGGUUGAGGAUUAGUGAGGAGGAGAGGCUGGAGAUGGUGGGUGAUUAUCUGGCUUUCAGUGGGUGGGAAGGCGUGGAGAUAGUUGAGGUGUGCGAUGGUCGGGUUAAGGAGGGGGAGGGUGCGGAGGACAAGGGGGAGGUGGGGAGGUUGAUGGGGUUUCUGGGGAUGGGGAGUGGGAGGGUGGACCCGUUGUGGGUUGUCAGGGGAAGGAAGGGUGGGGAAUGA